AUGUCAUCCUCCUCCUGCAUUUCAUAUUUACUUCCUUCCCCACACUCCAACAUUCACAAAUUCCACAACAAAACCCAAUCCCGUUUUCUCUUCUCCUUCCCCAUAUCCAAAAUCAACAACGUUAGGAGCCUUAAAACCCGUUGCGGUUCAGAUGAUGCUUCUAGUUUCCACGGGGUCGGCGAUUGGUGGUCAUUACCGAAGCACCGGGAAGACCACGCAGAACCGACAGAGGCUAAGCUCGCUCUGCGACGAAUGUUGGAGCUAGUUGCCCAUGAGCGGUGGGUUGCAGUCGUGGCAUUUGGGUCCCUUGUCAUUGCUGCCCUUUCAGAAAUCACCAUGCCAAGUAUACUGGCAGCAUCAAUAUUUUCGGCACAAAGUGGCGAGACUGCAGCAUUCUCUAGGAAUGCAAUGUUUUUGGUUCUUCUAUGUUUCACUUCAGGGAUAUGCAGUGGUUUGCGAAGUGGCUGCUUUGGAAUUUUGAAUGUAACCUUGGUAAAGCGUCUCCGAGAAAACUUGUAUACAACCAUUCUUUUUCAGGACAUAUCCUAUUUUGAUAAAGAAAAAGUUGGCACCUUGACAAGCAGGCUUGCAGCAGAUUGCCAACAGCUUUCACAUGUUAUAGGAAAUGAUCUUCAGUUAAUAUUACGCAACUCUUUGCAGGGAACAGGAGCAAUAAUUAAUUUACUGGUUUUAUCUUGGCCUCUAGCAUUAUCUGCACUGAUGAUUUGUUUUGUGUUAUCUGCAAUUUUUCUGGUUUAUGGCAGGUAUCAAAGAAAAGCAGCAAAGUUAACCCAAGAUUUCUCUGCUUGUGCUAAUGACGUAGCUCAGGAAACACUUUCUUUGAUAAGAACUGUCCGAGUGUAUGGAACCAGAAAAGAAGAAUUUGAAAGGUACAACCAGUGGCUACAGAAAUUAGCAUUUAUUAGCGGUCGAGACAGCUUGGGUAAUGGUUUAUGGAACCUGAGCUUUAACACCCUUUACCGGUCAACUCAGCUCAAUUCAAGAAGAGAGGUGGAUGGAAAUGAAUUUGAAAAUGAGGCAUUCGUCGAAGAUGGAUCUGGGCGUGAACCUGGGGAUGAAGUAGUGGCUGAAAAUAGACUUGAGAAUGAAGCAGUGGUUGAAAACAGAGCUAGAAAUGAUAAGUUUGGAAAGAUAAAGAUAAUACUCUUGAACUCUUAUUCUUCCAAAUCUUGA